AUGGCUGCCAAGGUACCUCGAAACUUUCGGCUGCUCGAAGAGCUAGAGAAGGGAGAGAAAGGAUUGGGCGCAGAAUCCUGCUCCUACGGUCUUGCUGAUGGCGAGGAUCUGAUGAUGAGCAACUGGAAUGGCACAAUCCUCGGUCCCCCCCCAUGUCCCGUCCAUGAGAACCGGAUAUACAGCGUUAAUAUCCACUGUGGUCCCGACUAUCCUGACAACCCUCCCACUAUCCAAUUUAUCUCCCGAGUCAACAUUCCAUGUGUGGACCAGCGGUCAGGAAAGGUUGAUCCCACCAAACUUCCCUGUCUCGCCCAAUGGAAGCGCGAUUAUACAAUGGAGACCGUUCUGAUCGAGCUUCGCCGAUAUAUGGCCCUUCCGCAGCACAAGAAGCUCCCCCAGCCACCUGAAGGCUCGACGUUCUAA